GUAAGCAGGUUACCGAAACAUCUUCCGAUUGCAUCCUCGUGACUAUGUGCUUUCCAAACCAUUCGCCGUUUGUGUUUCCGUGGUUCUAAAACGUUCAUACAAGGUAGACGCAAUGUUUACCAAAUAGAACAGUACACAAAAAAUAACCAGCUCGUGGAAAACAGAAACGAGUAGGCAGGACGAAUCGCAGAUUCGAUGCUCGGUAAAUAUGCUGACGCGAGUUCCAGCUCGAUGAUAAACCUGGAAAAUGGGCUCCGCAACCGUGUGCUGUACCAUCAGAACAUGAUGGGUAUGAAUCUGAUGGCCGAAUUUUACCACAACCCUCUAAUGAAUUCCUCCGGAAGCAACGGUGCCGGUGGUAGCGACGCUGUUGGAGCCGGCUCAAUGCUAUCGCCAUCGCAAAAGAUGCUCAACAUUCUGUCAGUUAGCGCUGGAAGCAAUCUGCAACCGCAUCACACCGGAAAUAGUUCCGUAGUGUCAACAGUGCCGGUAGGUUCUGCAUCGACGGCGUCAAGCGGUUCAUCGCAGCAAUCGUUGGUACAGUUGCAAUGUCAACUUUGCCAAAAGUACUUUAUUUCCGGGGCGGCGCUCGCGCAGCAUAUUAAAACACACGAAAAUGAUUACCUUGCGCGGGAAGAAUCCGGUCCCAGCGGCGGUUACAGUCAACAGCAGUCGAUAACGUCCGCUCCAUCGCUUGUAACGACGGUGGCUUCGAGUAGCAAAACUAGUUCACCAUUGCUUGCACAGCAAAGCAUCAAGAGUGAGUAUAUUGUACGUAGUACGUCGUCUUCGUCUGUGCCCUUGCCAGGUGGGAACCAAUUUCCUACAGCAUACGGUAUUACGAAACAGUUUGACUGUCACAUCUGCCACAAAUCGUUCAUGACGAUGAUGAACCUUAACCUGCAUAUGAAAAUCCACGAAGAGUUCAAACCGGCUGUGGUGUCUUCUCUUGCGAAUCCGUCCGGUGGUAGCAGCGGAACCGUAACGUCACAGGCGCAAAAGCCGCUCAACAUUAUGUCGCACCAUACCAGCGCGGGAAGUACUCCACAACUGCAGCACUCCGUAAAUGGUUCGGUUGUGACGACAAUAGCACUAGGCGCCGUGCCGUCGACAUCGAGUGGUACAUCGCAGCAAGCGUUGCAAUGUCAAAUUUGUCAAAAGUACUUCAUUUCCGGCACUGCACUGGCGCAGCAUAUUAAAACACACGAUAAUGACUACCUGGCGCGGGAAGAAUCCGGUCCCGGUGGCAGCUAUAGUCAGCAGCAAUCGUUAACGUCGGCACCCUCGCUAGCAACGGCAGUGGCAUCGAGCAGUAAAACUAGUCCCCCACUGCUUGCACAGCAGAGCAUAAAAAGUGAGUACAUUGUACGAAGUGGUGCAUCAUCUUCUUCUACCGUGCCCGUGCCAGGUGGGAACCAAUUCGCUCCCGCGUAUGGUAUUACGAAACAGUUUGACUGUCACAUCUGCCACAAAUCGUUUAUGACGAUGAUGAACCUUAACCUGCAUAUGAAAAUUCACGAAGAGUUGAAACAAACAGCUGCAACCCACGUCUACACCCAUGCCCCGACCCUUGGCGCUACAAGUGCAGGGACAUCGUCUAACGAUUAUCAUCACCACCAUCAGCAGCACCACAACAAUUAUCACAACAACCCGCAGCAGCACAUUUCGAUGGUGGCAGCGACAACGAUUGGGACGGAUGGUGCGUGCCAGAUUUGCCAUAAAACAUUCAGCACGGUCGAGCAAUUUACGGCGCACAUGAAGAUUCACGAAAACGAGUUUAGGAAUCGUGCGCUCUAUCACUCCGGUAGCUCCAAUACCAUCGGUCCCGGUGUAGAAGGAAGUGUAGUUGUCCAGAGUACGCCAACGACGACAGAUUCUUUCUAUUCGUCCACUCAAUCACAGCCGAUCCUCGCACAACAACAAACGACUGCACCACAGUUUGAUGCCAUGAAAGGAUAUCGAUGUCCCAUUUGUCACAAAAUGUCCAGCAACAUCAUCGAACACAUCAAACAACACGAAGGGCAGCUAAUGUUAGGUGAAGGGGCUGCAAGUAGUCGAAGUGGAACGACACCACCCACGCCGGAUGUGACAUCGCCUGCGCCGGAAGGGUUGUCGUACCAUCCGAUGAAUGAAGAUACGCAAUCAUCGCUCGAAGGAGACGACAGCGAAGGCCAGACGGGAGAAGGUGCCGAUGUUCGAAAGCACGAGUGCCUACUCUGCCACAAAAAGUUCUCGAGCUCGGGAAAUUUAGCCAUUCACAUACGGGUGCACUCGGGCGAGAAACCGUUCAAAUGUAGCGUCUGCGGGAAGGGUUUCAUCCAGUCGAACAACCUGGCGACGCAUAUGAAAACGCACACCGGCGAAAAGCCGUACGCGUGCACGAUUUGCGGGAAAAACUUUUCGCAAUCGAACAACCUGAAAACGCACAUCCGGACGCACACCGGCGAAAAGCCUUACGCGUGUACCAUCUGCGGGAAGCGGUUCAACCAGAAGAACAAUUUGACCACGCACAUGCGCACGCACCAGCUGGUGUGCAUGGUGUGCGGCGUGCAGUUCAUGCAUCCGUCCGACCUGGCCAAUCACAUGAAGUUUCACAAUGACGAAAAGCCGUACAUCUGCUCGGUUUGCAACAAGGUGUACCUCAACCUGGACGAGCUUACCGAGCACAUGAAGAAGACCCACAACCAGGUUAAGCCGUACCGGUGCCACAUCUGCGACAAAACGUUCACCCAAUCGAAUAACCUGAAGACGCACAUCAAAACGCACAUCUUUCAGGAUCCGUUCAAAUGUCAGAUGUGUUCGCGCUCCUUCCAGAAGGAGGACGACUACUCGCAGCACAUGCUGGUCCACACGGCCGACAAACCGUACGAGUGUACGUACUGCGGGAAGCGGUUCAUUCAGUCCAACAACCUGAAGACGCACGUCCGGACGCAUACGGGCGAAAAGCCGUACCGUUGUACAAUCUGCGCAAAGCACUUCAACCAGAAAAACAAUCUCAAUACACACAUGCGCAUCCAUACCGGCGAAAAGCCCUUCGAGUGCACCAUCUGCGAUAAGCGGUUUAACCAGUCGAACAAUUUGAACAAGCACAUCAAAACGCAUGGUCAAGAAAAGGACACGCAGCAGCAGCAGCCACAGCACGCAAGUUGACCCUUGGGCGCAAUCAAUACGGCAUUUAGUUAACACGACACUUUUUCUGGCAUAACUGGCUGUCAUUGCCAUCAUGAUCCCCGAUAUCGGAACUUCGAAAGUUCCAAACUAUCAGUCAUUAUGCAAGAGUGGUUGCUUUCUUCCUGAUUACAGUAAGAUAUUUGUCUUUCAGACUACAAUCGCAAUAGUGCCAUAAUACGUCGACCAAGAACAACGUUAUUUUGACAUCCUCAGUUAAAGCUCCUCAAAAUUGUGCUGCUUGUAAGAUUGCUUUAGUAAGUUUUUCUAUGGAAGAUACAAAUCGUCCAUCUAUGGGUUGCUUGGAUUCGUUUUCCAAAACCAUACAUCAUACAACGGUUUUAUAGCUUCUUAUUGAACCAAACUACUUCUAUCAUUCUUUAAAUAUGGUCAAUAGAUUUUUAAAGCAAUAUGAGACUGUUCCAAGCCAUCGAACACAAAAAUAAUCCCAUAGUAAAUGCAAUGCUCAAAAUCAUUCAACUGGUGGACUCUGGUACUUCCGUCAUAGUUUUAAAGAUUUAUCGUUCAUGUCUAGAGGCUGAUAAAAGUAAUAAGUUCCUGCUACUUGUACAUGUAAACCGACUCUGCGCAUCUUGAGCAACUAGUUAGCACCUUAUGUUGAUCGUCAUCGAGUCGGACCUUUAUUUGUUGAAGUUAAAAAAACGCUAUUAUGAAAUCACCAGAAAAUACAUCGAUUUUGCAACCAAGAAAAACGAAAGUGGAUACACUAAAGAUAUACGAGGAUGAAAAUCAAUAAACUGUACACAAUAUAGAAAUAAUGUAUUGUA